GGACAAUUUGGUGUGAUGGCCAGGCUGGAUCUGUUUUGUCGUGGUGGUCUAAGGAUGCAGACUUUGUCCCAUUGUAGCUUCAGCUGCAUACAUGGACACAUGAGCAGGUGGAACAGCAAAGAAACUUCCAAUCCACCAACUGAUCAGGAAAACCCACGAGUGCUCAUCACGGGUGGACUUGGACAGUUAGGUGUGGGGCUUGCCCAAAUGCUCAGGAAAGAAUAUGGAACAGAGAAUGUAAUUCUCUCAGACAUAAAGAAGCCCCUGCCUCAUGUUUUUAAUAGUGGGCCAUUUGUAUAUGCUGAUGUGUUGGACUACAAACAUCUGAGAGAAGUCAUUGUGAAUAACCGCAUCAACUGGCUUGUCCACUACAGUGCUCUGUUGAGCGCUGUUGGGGAAGCUAAUGUGGCUUUAGCUCGUAAAAUCAACAUCACAGGUCUACAUAAUGUGCUGGACUUGGCUUUGGAGAACAGCCUGCGCAUUUUUAUGCCGAGCACCAUUGGAGCAUUUGGUCCUUCCUCUCCUCGUGAUCCGGUGCCUGACCUCUGUGUCCAAAGACCACAAACCAUCUAUGGCGUGUCCAAAGUUCACGGUGAACUCAUGGGAGAGUAUCUUCAUCAUAAAUAUGGCCUGGACUUCCGCUGCUUACGUUACCCGGGAGUGAUAUCAUUCAACACGCUUCCUGGGGGAGGCACAACAGACUACGCAGUUCAAAUCUUCCAUGAUGCCCUCAGAAAGGGUCACCAUGAGUGCUACUUGCGCCCCAACACCCGUCUUCCUAUGAUGCACAUCUCUGACUGCCACCGUGCCACUGUUGAGUUUAUGCAGACCCCCGAGUGUCAGCUCUCCCUCCGUACCUAUAACAUUGCUGCCAUAAGCUUCACUCCAGAGGAGGUGGCCCGGGAAAUACGCAAGCAUGUCCCUCAACUGAAGGUCACGUACAAUCCAGAUGCUGUCCGUCAGACAAUUGCAGACAGCUGGCCGAUGCGGGUUGAUGACUCAAACGCCCGGAGGGAUUGGGGCUGGGUGCCAGUGUUCGGACUAGAGGACCUGGUUACGGACAUGCUGCACUCCAUUCAGAACAGUUCAGAACAGACGUUCCACGGUUAGCUAGAACACUUUUUUCUCUUCCAGGAAAUGGCAUAUGUCCAGUUACUUACUAUGUACUCUUGUUCCGUUUUGUUUUUACAAACUCUAAUUCCAAUGAAAUAAAAACCAAAUGCAAUGA